AUGUCUGGAAUGUCAUCUGAUGAUGCAAGUGCUGAAGUGAGGCCUGAAGGAGAAGUUUCUGGUGAAAAGGUAGAAGAAACUCAAGAUCAGAAUGAAGGCAGUGGCAUGCCCUCGCCACAGGAGGAGGAGGCAGCAAUCAAGAAAAAAUAUGGAGGAAAAAUGCCCAAAAAGUCAUCACUUAUAUCAAAGGACCAUGAGCGGGCAUUCUUUGAUUCUGCUGAUUGGGCUUUAGGAAAGCAAGGUGGAAGUCCCAACAAGCCUAAAGGACCCCUUGAAGCCCUUCGACCAAAACUACAGCUCUUAGCUCUACAAAGUAUGCUGUCCCAUUCUCAUUGCUUGAAGCUUGACAACAUGUCUUUCAUUACUAAAGAUGUUGUGGGCGCCCUUAUAUGCGUUUUGCAGGCCGCCUGGUUGCGGGAUCAUCUAGAGAUGCUCUAA